AAAUAUCCCUAAAUAAUAAAACCUUGACAUCUUAAUUUUAUCCUCAUCCUCCCACCUUCAGUUUUUUGGGUUUUUUUCUUCCGCAAUAUCCUCGAAACCCUAACCCUCUUAACAUGGAGUUCAGUGCCAGAAAACGUGGCCGUCCGGCUGCCGGAAUGAACGGGAACGCCGGUUUUAAGAAAUCCAAGCAAGACACGGACUCGUUUCAAUCUGGUUUAGGAAGCAAAUCGAAGCCAUGCACAAAGUUUUUCAGCACUUCUGGUUGCCCAUUUGGAGAGGGAUGUCAUUUCUCGCAUUAUGUUCCUGGAGGGAUAAAAGCUAUUUCUCAAAUGACUGGUAGCAACCCAGCACUACCUCCAACCGUCAGAAACUCUGUAGUUCCACCACCUUCGUAUCCAGAUGGUUCAUCUCCACCUGCUGUUAAAAGCCGCUUGUGCAGCAAAUACAACACCGCUGAAGGAUGUCGAUUUGGAGACAAAUGUCACUACGCCCAUGGAGAAUGGGAACUGGGAAAGCCUACAGUUCCAUCUCAACAUCCAGAUUCACGUGCUAUGGGACCUGCACCUGGAAACAGAUUUGCUAGUGGUGCCCCUAGAAUGGAUUAUAAUUCAGAAGCCAACCAGCCCGCUCCCGGUGGGUUUGGAUCCUCAACGACAUCCAAGAUCGGCGUCAAUGCUGCACUUGCUGGGCCAAUCAUUGGUAAAAAUGGUAUCCACUCUAAGCAAAUUUGUCGUACAACUGGAGUUAAGCUUCAUAUAAGAGACCAUGAGUCAGACACAAACCUAAAGAACAUUGAGCUUGAGGGUACGUUCGACCAGGUCAAGCAAGCAUAUCAGAUGGUUCGGGAGCUUAUAGUGAACUUAAGUGCAUCUUCUGGACCACCUCCACCACAAAAGGGCUCUGGGAAGCCUGGUGGUCCUGCAGGGAACUUCAAGACCAAGCUAUGUGAAAAUUUCACGAAAGGCAACUGUACGUUCGGUGACAGGUGCCAUUUUGCUCAUGGUGCAGAAGAGUUGCGCAGUUCAGGUGCUUGAAUUAUUGAUCUUUGAACCUCUUAGAAUAUUGUGUUUGCUUUGUGCCUGACAUGUUUGGAAUAUGAGAUGUUGAGGAUGGAUGGAUAGUCGUUUGCUACUAAGAGUUAACUAGGUUUUUCUUUCUCCGUGUCAGUAUUAGAAAGUUGUUCUAAUUUAAUUUAGCCUUUUUUUAUUGUAGUUGUAUUUGUUUUGUAUUCCAGUAAUGGGUUGAGGACGUAAAA